GGAAUGCUCCCAUUCCGCAUCGAUCACUGACCAUCUCCGUCGUCCUCACCCAUGGCUCGACACACCCUCCUCCGGACGGUCUCGCUAUUCCUCGCAUUGUUCAUGGUUUCCCAGUUAUGUCUAGUUCAGCCAGCUUUGGCAAGGAAGCUUUCUGAGAAGAAAGAUCCAGCUUCUGCGGAUACCAAGCACACACAAAACUAUGACGAUGCUUACAACCCCGGUGGUUAUGGGAAUGGAAACGGCAAUAGUUAUGGAUGGGGGAACGGAAGUGGGCGUGGGCGUGGAUCUGGCAGUGGUGGCGGUGGAGGGGGAGGAGGUGGAGGUGGAGGUGGAGGCGGUGGCGGUGGUGGUGGAGGUGGUGGAGGCGGGGGUGGUGGUGGUGGAGGAGGCGGCGGCGGCGGCGGCGGCGGGGGCAACUAAAUGCCCAAGUGUUUGCUAUGGCAGAGGUCCACUGCAACACCAGGGGAUUCAACUCCUGCGGACGAUUUCAUCAUGAAGCUGGGAAUUAGAGACUUGGACUGCAGGUUCAAUCGAAUAUGUGACUCUCCUAGCAGCUACAUAUAUUAGACUGUUUCUAGUGAAAUGUUAUGAUAACUUUUGUUCAAUUGUAGGAGUUGUGCGCUGAUCUGCGUGGGACACUUACUUUGAUAGCUUCUAUUAGUUAGCGCUUCGUGAUGUCGAAUGAUAAUGUGUGAAAUAAAGAAACGUACCUGUUCGGACUGCGGCCAUGGCAUUCUCGGUGGUUGUAGAUUUUCUUCUA